CAGCGCCACGAAAUCCUUAAAAUUUGUCUCCCAAAUAUGGACUAGGAAUGUCCAGGAUGACGUCUUGUGUCCGGGGGUAUGCGGGGUGUGUAGCCACAUUUAUUUAACUACGCCUUCUCCGGUCUGUGGCAUUACACAGGAAGACAGCAGUGAAGGAAAAAAAGAAACGGGACGCCCUCCUCCUCCUCCUCCUCUUCCUCCUCCUCCUCCCCAGCUCUCGGCGGAUAACGGUGUCCAAGAAGUUAUUCAGGACCGACGCAGACAAUAGUACCGAGGCGGUCUGUGUGGCUUUGAUACACGGCCCAUCACUACUACUUAAUGCUGUCCGCGUCCGAGUUUGUGACACAGACACACACACACACAAAGAGGAAAACACUCGGCUGAAAACCGAUCAUGGAGGAUUUGGGAGUGCCUGAGACACCUAACUACCCUCUCAGUCCUCGUAUUGUUGUGUUUGAUGCCCUUCUCGCUGAUCUGGAGAACACUGGCUCUCCUUUAGCUCGGUGUCCCGUCCUGCUCACCUCGGACCCUCCUCAAAAUGCUGAUCCUGCCACCCAGGAAGCCGCCCAGGCCCGGCCACCGCCGCCGGCCUACACCCCACAGCAGACUGUUUCUGCUGCAAUGAAAUCUUCCCAGAACUCCAACCCAGACAAAUUAUACAGCACCGUGUGUAAACCGCGCUCUCCCCGCUCCGCAGAUCCUCCUCCUGCCUUCUCCUCUUCCUCGCUGUUGGGAGGAGGUCUGAGUGAACUGGACCAUCUGUUACAGGAGCUCAACGCCACCCAGUUCAACAUCACAGAUGAGAUCCUGGCCCAGUUCCCUUCUUCUAAGAAAGAUGAGAGGGACAAGAUUAAGGAUAAGGCCACAACCUCCUCCUCCAGCUCGGCGAAGCCUUCAGCGACAUCAGCCACACUGGAACUGGACAAACUGAUGGCCUCUCUGUCUGACUUCAGAGUCCAGAGCACACCGGCUGCACCUGUCGCUCCAGUGGUGACAGCACCGCAGCAGCCGGCCGCCCCCCCACAACCCUCAUCCGGCGGCUCAUUGGACAGCAUGCUGGGUCUGCUUCAAUCAGACCUGAGCCGACAAGGUGUUCAAACAUCCUCCAAGGGAAACUGUUCAGCCUGUCAGAAGCCAGUAGUAGGACAGGUGGUGACAGCUCUGGGGAAGGUGUGGCACCCAGAGCACUUUGUGUGCACCGAGUGUGAGAUGGAGUUGGGCAGUCGCAACUUCUUUGAGAAGGACGGACGACCGUACUGCGAGUCGGACUACUUCACCCUCUUCUCCCCUCACUGUGCACACUGCAACAAGCCCAUACUAAAUAAAAUGGUCACCGCCCUGGACAAGAACUGGCACCCAGAGUGUUUCUGCUGUGUUAAGUGCAGCCGGGCGUUUGGAGAGGAAGGUUUCCAUGACCGUGAGGGCCAGCAAUACUGCCAGCAGUGCUUCUUGACUCUGUUUGCUUCCCGCUGUCAAGGCUGCAGCCAGCCCAUUCUGGAAAACUACAUCUCAGCUCUCAACUCUCUCUGGCACCCACAGUGCUUCGUUUGUAGGGAGUGCUACAGCCCCUUUGUUAACGGCAGCUUCUUCGAACACGAGGGUAAGCCGCUGUGUGAGGCCCACUACCACCAGUCCCGUGGCAGCGUGUGUCAAGCCUGCCAACAGCCGAUCCUGGGGCGCUGUGUCACCGCCAUGGGGGCCAAAUUCCACCCCCACCACCUCGUGUGUCACUUCUGCCUGAAGCCCCUGAGCAAAGGCUGCUUCAAAGAGCAGGAGAACAAACCCUACUGCCACCCCUGCUUCAUCAAACUCUUUGGCUGAGGACACAGCAGGACUUUGCCCCCCCCCCCCGACCAUCUUCUGGGUCAGAGAAGCUGUGUGACUCUGAAUUCUCAAUUUGUCCUUUUUUUACUGUGGGAGUGUGGGUGGAGCUGGUCUCUUUCUUGGUUUUAAGAAUAUUUUAGUAUAUUUGAGGGAUGGGCGAAAAAGAGAAUCAUCCAACCCAACUCAUUUCUGUUCAUGUGAAAAAAAAAGUGGACUGCAUUUAGACUGGCAGUGUGAAAUAUAACAAAUAUAAUAUAGUAUUGGUAAGACAGACACAAAAUGAUGCCAAACAAUUUAAACAUUGUAUGUAAAUCUUUUGCAUACUGUACUGAUUCAAAUUGAAUAUUGAAAAUUGAAUUCUUUUGCCAAAGGUACAAAAGAAACAGUAUAAUCUGAGCAAAUGUACUGUUUCAGUGAAGGAUUUGUACUAUUGUGCAAGGAAAUCCCCUUUAAUAUAUUUGCUUUUUAUUGCAAAACUAUAAGUGUCACUGCAAUUGCUUUUAUAUAUUGUAUGCUGACCGCUAUAUAUGUUUUUGUGUAACAAACUAAGCUACCAUGUGUUUAAGGUCAGAUAUUUUGCAUUAUUCUUUCACUAUUGCUCUAUGCAAUUUGCCAAAAACAUUUCCAAAGAAUAAAAUAAAGGCGAACACAACUUAUGUUGCUGUUUCAUGGGUGUGAGAGAGAGAGAGUCAAAGAAUCAAGUGUGAAAUUUGAGAACACAGAAGAAUAUUAUCCAGAUAAGUACAGGUAAGCUUUUUAUACAAGGAACGCCAGGAGUAUAACCAUCUGAUCAAGGUUUAUUAAGGACAAAGACAUCACAGAUGUAUAACACCUGAAGAAAGGAACAUAGAUUUUGAAAAAAGAUGAAACUACA